UCAAUAGUCGUUGGGACGGAAUAAAACAAUUUUUUUUUUUCCUUCAAAUCACUUAAUAAUUAUCUAUAUUCCCUUUGAAUAAUUCCGCAUUUUUUAUACACUGUCUUUCAAUGCACAGUGUACAGGAGAAAAUUUCAUUCCUCGGAUUGAACAAUUUAACAAAUACAAAAAGCAUUCCGACUUUCCAAACGGUGUAUAAAAGUGAGAAAAACAUGAAGAAAAAUUUACUUCGCAAUUGACUGGAGACGCGUCCGAAUGUUUCGAAAUAAUAUAAGAAUAUAUGAAUGUACUAUAUAUAAAUCUAUGGCGCCGAUCAUCAAGUGCGGUUUAUAAAUAUCGGUGCAUCGUGAGCACGCGACUGUCCUAAAUACGAAAGUUACACCCACCUGUGAUUGUGACGAACACCUAUCACCGGUUCGGUAAUUUCAGUUUUAAUUAAUUCGCGAAUCGCGGUACACCGCACGUGUAAAAAUUUCUUUGGAAACCGACGUCGUGUUUGUCCCAAGGAGAAUCGGUCCCCGUUUAUAAGUCAGUGUUCACGGCCCUUCUAUGUUUCGGCUAGUCGAUCAACCCCUCAGUUACAGGCAGCGUGCCACCGAGUGGAUCUAUAAGAUGUUGUUCCUGUGGUCACGUGACCCUGUCCCAGGUCCCCGAACAGGUCCAUGGCUGGCGUGGUUUGCGACCGCAUUGGUUUUAUGGCGUUGCAGACGGAGGAUAGCGAAAAGUAUCCUCGCAGUUUCACCUCUUCGUAUAUUUAAGCGAAGAGCGACGGUAGCCCCGUUGAAUUUACGUAUGCGAAGUAUGAAAAGUUCUCGUCAUCAGAUAUCGAAGUUGACGACGAACGGUAAAACGACGUCAACCGGAAUCAAAACUAAAGUAAAAAGACUUUGCACCGGCGACGGUCCUCACGUUUCCAAUAACAAUUCUUCGUUCAACGGAAACCCACCACCGAUGAACUACAGGGUUACGCGGAGCGGAAAAAUCUAUGGAAAGUAUCAUCACCACAAAGUAACUUUGCCCAAAAAACUUCAGUACUGACAUAAAUGAAAUGUUAAAGAAAGAAAGGGGUUUGUAAUUGUUAAUUUUAUGUCUUUGUGGCGUAACACGUAUCUCGUUUC